AUGACGUACCAGUUCCACCCCUCCUCCGGCAGCGCCCUCGCAGACAGAGUCGUAGUCUUAACAGGAGGAGCCCUAGGCGUCGGCGCCUCCCUCGUCCGCCUCCUCCACGCCUCCGGCGCCCACGUCUUCUUCGGCGACGUCCUCGACGAACCCGGCUCCGCCCUCGCCCAAGAACUCUCCGCCAACUCGAAAACCCAUGUCAAAUACAUCCACUGCGACGUGACAUCCUACGACCAGAACCUCGCCCUCUUCGACGAAGCGCUCAAGACCUGCGGACGAAUCGACCAUGCGGUAGCGAACGCCGGACUGGGCGAGCAAGGCCGCACGUUUGAUCCGGAGAUGACGCUCGAGUCGGUGCGGGAGGAGCCGAAGAAGGCGAUGAAUGUCGUCGAUGUGUGUCUUAAGGGCCCGCUGUACUUUGGCAACAUUGCCUCGGUGUAUCUGAGGCAAGGCGAAGGUGGCUCGGAUCGCAGUUUGACGCUCGUUAGUAGCGUGGCUGGGUUCCGGGAGGAUCCUGGGUUGAAUGUUUAUGUGCCGGCGAAGCAUGGCGUGCUGGGGAUGAUGAGGGUGUUGAGGGAACAUCUGAUCCAGCCUCCGUUCAAGAUCCGGACGAACGCCAUCUCGCCGUGGAUGACAAAGACCCGUCUAACCGCCAACCUUGAUGCGACCUGGGAGAAGGCCGGUCUGCCAGCAAACACUGCCGAAGAUGUCGCCAAAGUCAUCCUUGGUGUAAUGGCGGACGGCAAGGUGAACGGCGGCACCAUGUAUAUCGAGGGUGGUCGGGCAUGGAACGUCGAAGCCGGUCUUAUGGCCCUGAAGCCACAGUGGAUUGGCGAGAAGCAGAAUAGUGAUCUCGACAAGGGCACCACUCUAAUGGGUGGUGGCGAGCACUGGACGGAGGGUAAAAGAUAG